CCUUCCCCCAAUCCCCUCAGGCUCGGCUGCGCCGGGGGCCGCGGGCCGGUUCCUGAGGUGGCCCAGGGGCCCUCCCGCCGCCGGCGCCGCCCGGGCCGUCCCUCCCCGCCGCCCCCCGCCCUCCGCCUCCGCCUCCCCCCGCCCUCCGCCUCUCUUCCCCCUCCCCGCCCAGCAGCGGUCGCUCGGGCCCCGGCUCUCGGUUAUAAGAUGGCGGCGCUGAGCGGCGGCGGCGGCGGCGGUGGCGCGGAGCAGGGCCAGGCUCUGUUCAACGGGGACAUGGAGCCCGAAGCCGGCGCCGCGGCCUCUUCGGCUGCGGACCCUGCCAUUCCCGAGGAGGUGUGGAAUAUCAAACAAAUGAUUAAGUUGACACAGGAACAUAUAGAGGCCCUAUUGGACAAAUUUGGUGGGGAGCAUAAUCCACCAUCAAUAUAUCUAGAGGCCUAUGAAGAAUACACCAGCAAGCUAGAUGCCCUCCAACAGAGAGAACAACAGUUAUUGGAAUCCCUGGGGAAUGGAACUGAUUUUUCUGUUUCUAGCUCUGCAUCAACGGACACCGUUACAUCUUCCUCCUCUUCUAGCCUUUCAGUGCUACCUUCAUCUCUUUCAGUUUUUCAAAACCCCACAGAUGUAUCACGGAGCAAUCCCAAGUCACCACAGAAACCUAUCGUUAGAGUCUUCCUGCCUAAUAAACAGAGGACAGUGGUACCUGCAAGAUGUGGAGUUACAGUCCGGGACAGUCUAAAGAAAGCUCUGAUGAUGAGAGGUCUAAUCCCUGAGUGCUGUGCUGUUUACAGAAUUCAGGAUGGAGAGAAGAAACCAAUUGGCUGGGACACUGAUAUCUCCUGGCUCACCGGAGAGGAAUUGCAUGUAGAAGUGUUGGAAAAUGUUCCACUUACAACUCACAACUUUGUACGGAAAACGUUUUUCACCUUAGCAUUUUGUGACUUUUGUCGAAAGCUGCUUUUCCAAGGUUUUCGCUGUCAAACGUGUGGUUAUAAAUUUCACCAGCGUUGUAGUACAGAGGUUCCACUGAUGUGUGUUAAUUAUGACCAACUUGAUUUGCUGUUUGUCUCCAAGUUCUUUGAACACCACCCAAUACCACAGGAGGAGGCCUCCAUAGCAGAGACUGCCCUAACGUCUGGAUCGUCCCCUUCUGCCCCCCCCUCCGAUUCUACUGGGCCCCAAAUUCUCACCAGUCCGUCUCCUUCAAAAUCCAUUCCAAUUCCACAGCCUUUCCGACCAGCAGAUGAAGAUCAUCGAAAUCAAUUUGGACAGCGAGACCGGUCCUCAUCAGCUCCAAAUGUGCAUAUAAAUACAAUAGAACCUGUCAAUAUUGAUGACUUGAUUAGAGACCAGGGGUUUCGUAGUGAUGGAGGAUCAACCACAGGCUUGUCUGCCACCCCCCCUGCCUCAUUGCCGGGCUCUCUCACUAAUGUAAAAGCAUUACAGAAAUCUCCAGGGCCUCAGCGGGAAAGGAAAUCUUCUUCAUCCUCAGAAGAUAGGAAUCGAAUGAAAACACUUGGUAGAAGGGAUUCAAGUGAUGAUUGGGAGAUUCCUGAUGGGCAGAUCACAGUGGGACAGAGAAUUGGAUCCGGGUCAUUUGGGACAGUCUACAAGGGAAAGUGGCAUGGUGAUGUGGCAGUGAAAAUGUUGAAUGUGACAGCACCCACACCUCAGCAGUUACAGGCCUUCAAAAAUGAAGUAGGAGUACUCAGGAAAACUCGGCAUGUGAACAUCCUGCUCUUCAUGGGCUAUUCAACAAAGCCCCAGCUGGCUAUUGUCACCCAGUGGUGUGAGGGCUCCAGCUUAUACCACCAUCUCCACAUCAUCGAGACCAAAUUCGAGAUGAUCAAGCUGAUAGAUAUUGCUCGGCAGACUGCACAGGGCAUGGAUUACUUACACGCCAAGUCAAUCAUCCACAGAGACCUCAAGAGUAAUAAUAUUUUUCUUCAUGAAGACCUCACAGUAAAAAUAGGUGAUUUUGGUCUAGCCACAGUGAAAUCUCGAUGGAGUGGGUCCCAUCAGUUUGAACAGUUGUCUGGAUCCAUUUUGUGGAUGGCACCAGAAGUAAUUCGAAUGCAAGAUAAAAACCCAUAUAGCUUUCAGUCAGAUGUAUAUGCAUUUGGGAUUGUUCUAUAUGAAUUGAUGACUGGACAGUUACCUUAUUCAAACAUCAACAACAGGGACCAGAUAAUUUUUAUGGUGGGACGAGGAUAUCUUUCUCCAGAUCUCAGUAAGGUACGAAGUAACUGUCCGAAAGCCAUGAAGAGAUUGAUGGCAGAGUGCCUAAAAAAGAAAAGAGAUGAGAGGCCACUGUUUCCCCAAGAAAGGUCCAGAAGAAAGUAUAGACUCUUUAACAGUGGUUACCCCUGGAAGAUUCUUGCCUCUAUUGAGCUGCUGGCCCGCUCAUUGCCAAAAAUUCACCGCAGUGCAUCAGAACCCUCCUUGAAUCGGGCUGGCUUCCAGACAGAGGAUUUUAGUCUCUAUGCUUGUGCUUCUCCAAAAACACCCAUCCAGGCAGGGGGAUAUGGUGCGUUUCCCGUCCACUGAGAUAAGUUAGAUGAGUGCGCGAGUGCAGGGGGCCGGGGCCAAGGAGGUGGAAAUGUGCGUGCUUCUGUACUAAGUUGGAUAGCAUCUUCUUUUUUAAAAAAAAGAUGAACCAAAGAAUGUGUAUGUUUUUAAAGACUAGAUAUAAUUAUUUCCUGAUCUAAAAUGUAUACUUAGCUUUGGAUUUUCAAUAUCCAAGGGUUUUCAAAAUGCACAGACAUUGCUGAACAUUUGCAGUACCUCUUCUGGAGGCUUUACUUCCUGUUACAGAUUGGUUUUGUUUACUGGCUUAUCCUAAUUAUUAAACUUCAAUUAAACUUUU